AUGGCCGAGACGUGCAUUGUUUGUCUCGGCGACCUGCUUUCUGACCUCUCCGAGCCGCCACCGACCGAGGAACAAGCUCCGCCUGUCGCAGAUGGCUCGCUUGAAGCUGCGCACCUGAGCACCGAAGCUACCCUCGACCACGACAAGCCACCACAACCCGCCGCUUCCGACGACGACGAGCUGCCCCCGGAUGACGAAAUUAUCGCGCAUCUCCUACCAUGUGGUCACAACCUGCACAACGAGUGUUUGAAGCCAUGGGUCGAGCGUGCAAACAGCUGCCCCAUUUGCCGCGCAAGCUUCAACGAGGUUCAACUUCUGGCUAAACUAGGAGGCCGAGUUGUUUCAUCUUAUGGAGUCGAAGACAAACAGCAAGUCGCUGAGCUGGAUCCGACCAUGAUCGUCGACGAAGACCUGCUCGAGCCUUCCUUCGAACCCUGCAUGGUGUGCGACGAUUUUGGAGACCAGGAACAGCUGAUGCUGUGUGACUCCUGCGACCGUCCUUGCCAUGUCUUUUGCGCUGGUCUGGACGAAGUGCCUGCAGGCGACUGGUAUUGCCAGCAUUGCAUGGAAAAUCCGUUCGCGCUGGGUGAGCGGGAACGUGAGCGGCAACACAACCGCUCCGCUGUCACCUCUAGGCUGACGCCACGCGAACGCGCAAUUCGCUCCAGGAGGAGGAGGGCCGACUCCUGGGCCCGCGUCUGGCAAGAAGUCAACCGUCGUACCGGCAUUGACCUCGACUUUCCCUUUGACGAUGACAUUUCCGGACAGGCACGCAUCGAAGCUCAACGACGGGAGAUUGACGCCUAUCAGGCACGAGUUCGGGCAGCAGAGCGGCAAGGCAAUGCUGCCAGGUUCCGGCAACAUGCUGCUGCCCUCUUGGCACCUGCACGAGUGCGGCCUGAAGCUCCAGCACCCGAGUCACAGGAUGAGCUUCGGGCUUGGAAUGCCUUUGAGAAGGCUAGGGAAGUCGCUACCCCAGCCAACAGGAGAAAGCGGCGUUCUCCGUCAGGAUCCCCGAGCGAGCCCCAGCCUGAGCCGGAACGAGCUCUCAAGCGCCCUUGCACCCGCCGUGCAACUGCGACGGCGCUGCCGGGCUCCGCCAAUAACGGCGAAUCAUCAUCUGCGGCUCGCAGCAGUGUUCCAACUGCCGCUGUCACCGCCUCUACGAGUGCAUCUGCGCCUGGCCGCCCCGGGUCCAAGGCUGGCCCGGACAAUUCGGGAUCCAAUUUCCUGCAGUCGCUGUUGAAAGAGGUCGAGACGUCGACGCCCGCGGCUGAUCCUGCGCCCACACGACGACAAAAUGCAGCAAAUCACCCAACUGAGCCGUCGUCACCCCCUCAGAUGUCUUCACCUGUUGGCUCGCCUCUCGGCUCGGGGUUAAUAACCCCUCGCGCCAUGACCCCGCCGCCCCUGACGCUAGCGCGACCGUCUUCUCCCUUGCUGUCUUCGACUAUCACACCAAUCUUCCCUGCGGCGCCACAAUUUGCGCCAUAUUCGCCUGCUGAUGAUGACCGCUUCGUACACGAAUACAACGAGAAUGGUGGUGAAAGGCCGUCCAGAAAGCGGCGAGGCUCUCAGCAGUCGGUUCUUGCAAGCCCUCCUCGUUCCAAAGACGCAUCGCCGACGCGUGCCAACAUGUCGUAUUCUACCAAGGCUGAGAUCCAGCGCAUGGUGAAGGCAGCUCUGAAGCCGCUUUACUUGAAGAACGAAGUCAACAAAGACGAGUAUACGGACAUUAAUAUGAACAUAUCGAGAAGGAUGUACGAGAAGGUUGGCGAUGCGGCCAGCCUGGCAGAUCAGAGGACUAGGGAGAAGUGGCAGCAGGUGGCUUCCGAGGAGGUAGACAAGGCGGUGAAAGCAUUGAAGACGGAUGGUCUGUCACCAAUGGCGGAAAGUUCUACAAGCGGCGAAGGCGUUUCACUGGUUAACGGAUCUUCUUAA